AUGUCAAAACGUUCAGUAACAGAGGUACAGUCGGCAUCAACGAGCGACUCCCGAAAGAUUCCUCGUAGAAGCACUGUCCGCGAGCCCUCAGCGCAGGAUGAAAUGGGGGAAUUCGAGGACGGGUGGGAGGAUGAGUUCGAGAGCGAUGAAGAAGUCAUUGAUGACGAGGCUAAUGAGGGAGAAGAUGACAUGGAGGUCGACGAGGUGCUGCCUGCAAUUGAAGAAUCCGACGAACAGCCGGCACCGCCAGAUAUCUUCAUUCCAGGCGUCCACCACCUCGGGAAAGACGAGAUACUCGAGCCCGAUGAUUCUGUAUAUCUCAUGCGACACUCGAUGAACGUCAACUGGCCAUGUCUCUCCUUCGACGUCCUGCGAGAUAAUCUAGGAGAUCAGCGGCAGCGUUUCCCUGCUACUGCCUAUAUCGUCGCAGGCACGCAAGCGGAUGUCGCAAAAAAUAACGAGCUCACUGUAUAUAAGAUGAGUUCACUACAGCGGACGCAGAAGGACGGUGACGACUCCGACUCUGAUGAUGAGGACGACGACGAUGCGCUUGACGACGACCCAAUCCUAGAGUUCCGUUCUGUACCUCAGCUUGGCGGCGUGAACCGCGUCCGCGCACAACCACUUCCCCUUUCGUCACCCCUUCCAUCUGUGUCACAGCCAUACUACGUCGCCAGUUGGGCAGAAACAGGAAAAGUGCAUAUAUGGGACGUCCGACCACUGAUAGAGGCACUCGACGUCCCUGGCUACACAGUCGACAAAUCAAGAACACACAAGCCCGCGUUCACCAUAAACUCACACGGCCGGGCAGAGGGCUUCGCGAUGGACUGGGCGUCGUCCGGCGGCGCGAACCCGUCCGGGCUGCGCAUCUUGACAGGAGACAUCCAUUCGAAGAUAUACCUUACGACCACCACGUCAUCUGGGUUCAACGCGCUCACACAGCCAUUCGUCUCGCAUACAUCGAGCGUGGAGGACAUCCAGUGGAGUCCUUCGGAGGCGACGGUCUUUGCGUCGUGCUCGGCAGACCAGAGCGUGCAGAUCUGGGACGUGCGGAGCAAAGGGCGGAAGAGCGUCGCCGGCAUCGAGCAAGCCCACGAGUCCGACGUGAACGUCAUCAGCUGGAAUCGUGCAACAAGCUACUUGCUCCUGAGCGGCGGAGACGAAGGUGGCAUCAAGGUAUGGGAUCUGCGAAACGUGAAGAAGCAAGGAAUCGCGCCGGACCCCACACCGGUGGCUACCUUCUCUUGGCAUCGUGCACCCAUCACCUCCAUCGAAUGGCAUCCUACCGAAGACUCCAUCUUCGCGGCGUCGGGCGCAGAUGACCAGGUAACGCUCUGGGACCUCGCCGUCGAGCAGGAUGACGAGGAAUCCGGAGCGAUGGAAAAGACUCCAGAGGGCGGGCGGGACGUGCCCCCGCAACUGCUGUUCGUGCAUCAAGGCCAGAAGGACGUAAAGGAGGUGCACUGGCAUCCACAGAUCCCAGGCGCAGUCAUUAGCACGGCUCUGGAUGGGUUCAACGUGUUCAAGACGAUUUCAGUUUGA